CAGGAGGCAUUAAACUCGAUCAUGAAGGAUUUGGUGGCCCUUGGGAUGAGCCGACAUGCUCGGUCUGGAUAUGAGACUAUGAAGAACAAAGAUCCGGGUCACCCAAAUAGGCAGAAAAAACACAACAGCAGCAGCUCAGCCCUUCUGAACAGUCCAGCAGUAACAACAAGCUCAUGUGCAGGGGCCAGUGAGAAAAAGAAAUUUUUGAAUGACGUCAGAAUCAAGUUUGAGCACAAUGGGGAAAGGCGAAUUAUAGCAUUUAGCCGGCCUGUGAGGUUUGAAGAAGUAGAGCACAAGGUGACAACAGUAUUUGGGCAGCCGCUUGAUCUACAUUAUAUGAACAAUGAGCUCUCCAUCCUGCUGAAAAACCAAGAUGAUCUUGAUAAAGCAAUUGACAUUUUGGAUAGAAGCUCAAGUAUGAAAAGCCUUAGGAUAUUGCUGCUGUCCCAGGACAGAAACCAUACCAGUUCUUCCCCUCACUCCGGGGUGUCCAGGCAGGUUCGGAUAAAAGCUUCCCAGUCUGUGGGAGAUAUAAAUACCAUCUACCAACCUCCUGAGCCCAGAAGCAGGCACCUCUCUGUCAAUUCCCAGAACCCUGGGCGAAGCUCACCUCCUCCAGGCUAUGUUCCUGAAAGACAGCAGCGAAUUGCCCGGCAAGGAUCCUAUACCAGCAUCAACAGUGAGGGGGAGUUCAUUCCCGAGACCAGCGAGCAGUGCGUACUGGAUCCUCUGAGCAGUGCAGAAAACUCCUUAUCAGGAAGCUGCCAGUCCUUGGACAGAUCAGCAGACAGCCCAUCUUUCCGGAAAUCUCGAAUGUCCCGAGCCCAGAGCUUCCCAGAUAACAGACAAGAAUUCUCAGAUCGAGAAACCCAGCUCUAUGACAAAGGGGUCAAAGGUGGAACCUACCCCCGGCGCUACCACGUGUCUCUCCACCACAAGGACUACAAUGAUGGCAGAAGAACCUUUCCCCGAAUACGGCGUCACCAAGGCAACCUGUUCACCCUGGUGCCUUCCAGUCGCUCCCUGAGCACAAAUGGAGAAAACCUGGGCUUGGCAAUGCAGUAUCUGGACCCUCGAGGGCGCCUGCGGAGUGCGGACAGCGAGAACACCCUCUCGGUGCAGGAGAGGACUGUACCAACCAAGUCUCCAAGCGCCCCCAUCAAUUGGCGCCGUGGGAAGCUCCUGGGCCAAGGUGCCUUCGGCAGGGUCUAUUUGUGCUAUGAUGUAGACACAGGCCGCGAACUUGCAUCCAAGCAAGUCCAGUUUGACCCUGACAGUCCUGAGACAAGCAAGGAGGUGAGCGCUCUGGAAUGUGAGAUCCAGCUGCUGAAGAAUCUGCAGCACGAGCGCAUCGUGCAGUACUAUGGCUGCCUGCGGGACCGCGCCGAGAGGACUCUGACCAUCUUCAUGGAGUACAUGCCAGGGGGUUCAGUAAAAGACCAGCUGAAAGCCUACGGAGCUCUGACGGAGAGUGUGACCCGGAAAUACACCCGGCAGAUCCUGGAGGGCAUGUCCUACCUGCACAGCAACAUGAUUGUCCACAGGGACAUCAAGGGUGCAAACAUCCUCCGAGACUCUGCUGGGAAUGUGAAGCUGGGGGACUUUGGGGCCAGCAAGCGUCUGCAGACCAUCUGCAUGUCGGGCACAGGCAUGCGCUCGGUCACAGGCACUCCCUACUGGAUGAGCCCCGAGGUGAUCAGCGGUGAGGGUUACGGCAGGAAGGCAGAUGUCUGGAGUCUAGGCUGCACGGUGGUCGAAAUGCUGACGGAGAAGCCACCUUGGGCAGAGUAUGAAGCCAUGGCCGCCAUUUUCAAGAUUGCCACCCAGCCGACCAACCCUCAGCUGCCCUCUCACAUCUCGGAGCAUGGCCGGGACUUCUUGAGGCGCAUCUUUGUGGAGGCUCGCCAGAGACCUUCGGCCGAAGAGCUGCUCACACACCACUUUGCACAGCUUGUGUAUUAAGCUCUCAAGGCCACACUGCUACUGGCUGCCCCUUCUGCCCAGGCAAGGGGCUGUUGUGGGCCCAGCCAAGUUGCUGCUUCUCCCAGGCAGGGUUGUGGACCGCGGAGCUGCAGUCUAGCCAGCGUGGGUUCCGUGCCCUCUGCUCUUGGGACUCAGAGCCAGGGUGGGGUGCUGUAGCCUCACAGACUGGGUGCCCCCAGCCUGCCAGACCCAGGAGCUCCAUUCACUAAGCUCCAUGUGGCAGGGAAUGGGCUCAGAACUGUGUGCAAGGUGCCUGGUCUCCGUGGGGCACGCCCGACACUUAUUGGCACCAAAGCCCAAAGCGUCUGGGGACACAGAAGCACAGAAAGCCUGAACAGUGUUAACUUUGGUUCGGAGCGUUGCUUUCAUUCUCCCCAUGUUGGAGACCAACAUAACCUCCGGGCUGGCUGAGCACACCCAGGCCCGAGGUAGCCGCCACAGGGUGGCUGAGGCCUAGGCUGUGCUCUCCCGAGAGCCCCUGGCCCGCUUUGCCAGUCCGUCUUUUACCAAAGAGAAGUGAAGCAAAUGUCAUGCUGCCUUAUUCAGGGAGGGAGGAGCAUGUCCUGCCUGCCCUGGUGACCUGCCCCACAAGCAGGGGCUGAGAUAUGGAAAUGCCCCUACAGAGGGGGACACCCAGUUCUGUCAAUGCAAUUGUCUGUUUUACAAGUUGGAGUCACUCAUAUGCUGUACUCAAGUUUCUAAACUGGAGACUUAGUGUGCCCCGUGCGCUGAGUCCCCCUGCUCUGGGCUCAGGCUGGAGGUGGGUUGGCAAGAAUUAAAGUUAAUGGCAUCGGUGCCCCUGGCCUGGCCUCUGCUCCCCCACUGGAACAGAGAGACAGACAACACGGGGAAGGCGUCUGACCCUGCUGGCCCCCUGAC